AUGUUCGACGUGCUAUCCUCGAUCUUGCCAGACCUUGACUCGCGAGCUAUCAAGACCAUCCCUCACAGAUUCAGCCUCAGUGAUGAUGCUGCGAUCGAGACGGUCCUCACCGAGAUCCCACUGUUCUGCGUUGGCAUCAUGGCAUUCGGAGUGUUCACCUUCUUUCUGAUCCAGAGGAGGUUCAGCCUUCUCGCCACCUACCUCUUCCUCUCCUCAGCCUUUGGUUUUGGUGCCGGCAUAUUCGAUCUCAGCCAGGUCCUCGAGCGCGGUGUCAAUGAGAUGGCCGAGGGCAAAGGCACAGACACCGUCACCGCCCUCCUCAACACGCGCGAGAUCUUCCUUGCCAUAUCCACCGGCCUCCGCUUCAUCUUCAUGUGGGAGUUCGCUGCGACGCGCCCCCGCUGGGAUCCAGUACCGCGGGCUGCGGACAGCAUCCAGGCGCUCAUGAACCAGCCUCUCAUCAUGCUGCACAGCGCCAGCUGGGAUCGCUGGGGACUGACAGGAUAUGUCCUCAAGUGGAGUACCCUGGGCAUGACCAUUGUGAUCCCCGUCCUGCAGAUCGUCUGGCGCAUAACGACGGAUCACCCUACCGCGAUCUACGUUGCGGAGGGCACACUGGAGAUUACUGCCUCGUCUAUCUUCAUCCUGAAGCUGCUUCUGAAUACCGCGUUCGCGCCACCGAACCAGACUGGCACGGCAUUUCUGUGGUACAUG